GGAAAAAGGCAGCAGCGACACCCGGUAGCGCGCAAUCACGUGACACGUUCUCAGCGCCGGAUUGGUGAAGAAGGCCCUCAGCGGCCGUCGCGGUUCUCGGCGAAGUAAACCGGAGCACCAGGGGGAGGCCCCUCGGGGACGGACCGCCGAGUCGGCCGGGCGUCGAAGAUCGGCCCUCUCCGACUCAUCAUCCCUGGCUGCUCCGCCCGAUGCGACGCAACGCCCUCACCGUAGACCGGCGUUACGUUUUUUCCCCAGUGGAGAGAGCGUGCUUAUUCUUUUAAAUUUUUUUUUCUCCCGGAGCGGAGGGGUGUUCAGUCGGCCACGAGGUGCGUCGCAGUCGGUGGUGCGCGGUCGAGCGCGCCUGGUUCCCGUGUGGUUGCGAAGGAAGACGAAGCGUGCACGUGCGCGUUGGUAUGGAGCGUGGCGGUGGCCGUGGCGGACCGCGUGCCGGUGGCGAGCGCCGGUCUGGCCGCAGGGUUCGGCGUCGCUGAGGAAGGGAGCCCCCGGUGAGCUGUCCUGCCCCCCAUGACGAGCGUGGCGACUCUGUUUUUCCUGCCCACGCCGCCGCCGCCGCCUUCCCAAGCGGGCAGCAGCAGCAGCAGCGUUGGAAUUUAUCACCACCACGCUGACAUGGCAGAUUUCCAGGACAUGUGGCAGGACAUCGAGAGCGUGUUGCUGGGCGACAUGGCGCCGGGAUUCUCUCCCGAAUCCCGGGUCCCGAGUCCGUCUCCGCCUCCCCGACGAGUGCCCCCCCUACCCCCGCCACCGUGCCCACCCCCGGGCUGCGGCGGCGGCUAUCCGACUCACGUGGGCUUUCCCAGCGGUCGCCCGGACUCCCUCGAAGACCUGGGUCUCACCGUGGCCGACGCCAAGCCCUACUACGUGGACACGGCGGGCGGGACGCCCGUCCCGACGUCGGUGCCGACCUCCGCCCCACCGUACGCCACGUCGGGCUACGCCUGGGCCCCCCGCGAGCCCGCCAAGUGCGCGCCGGGCGGGUAUUUUGGAGUACCGCAGCGUUGUCCCGCGGGCUACCAGGCCCCCUGGGGACCGUGCGCGCGUGCGUCGCCAGAGACGCCGCGCUACGCGGCGCCGUGCGCGCGACCCCCACGACCCCCGUGCUUCGGGCACGGCUUCGCCGUGCUGCCCGGUCGUGCCGCGACGCCCCCGACGUCGCCGCCGACGUCCCCCCAGCUGGCCGACCUCCUGGCCGGCGGACUGUGCCCAGCGACGCCGGGGCCUCACGCGCCGUCGGGGUCCGCGGUCCCCGCGACUAAGCCUCGGCGGGGGCGGCGGUCGCGGGGUCCCAAGAAGGUGACGGUGCACACCUGCUCGUACCCGGGCUGCAGCAAGACGUACUCCAAGAGCUCCCACCUGAAGGCGCACCUACGCACGCACACGGGCGAGAAGCCGUACCAGUGCAACUGGAAGGGCUGUGGCUGGAAGUUCGCCCGCUCGGACGAGCUGACGCGGCACUACCGGAAGCACACGGGCGACCGGCCCUUCCAGUGCCGGCUGUGCGACAGGGCCUUCUCGAGGUCGGACCACCUGUCGCUGCACAUGAAGCGGCACGCGGAGGUGCUCUGACCCGCGGCCGGGGCGGCGGAGGACCCCGGGGGCCUCUCGGCGCUGUCGCUCGACCUUCCGCCGUGCCUUCCGCAGCAGAUGCUCCUCUAGCCUGGAGAGGCCCCGGAUAUUCCCUCCGCGCUAAGGCCCGUCCGCUAGGCUCCGCCGAGCGGCGGCCGGUGAGGAGACCCCAAGUGCCGGAGUCCCUCCUUCCCCGAGACCCCCAAGAAGCGACUUCUGGCCGCGUUCGACCACCAUCCGGUCUCCCGCCGCCCACGCGCGCCGAUUGCUCAACUCCAGCCGGCGACGCGGACGGCGACCAAGUGGCCCCUUCCCUCAAGGCUCGGCGGCAGCCUCGCGCCUGUGCCCUUGACGAGUCAGGGACACACGCCAGGACAGUGUGGACGUGCCCCUCUCGUCGAUGCGUGCGGUGCGACCACUCGACGUACUCUCUGUACAGGUGUUGUUAUUACUGCUAUUGCAUAUAUAAUAGUAUACUCGGCGCGAACUGUCCCCAGCGAGACCGCUCGCGUCCACCCUCCUCAUCGACCAAAGACGCAUCGCGGCGACUCCUAGGCCGCGGCGACGACCACGUCACACCUGGGACGACUCAGAGGUCUUCUUCGUCUGCGGUCGCGGCCGCAACCUUCCCGGAAUUGUUCUGAUGCCCGCUCGGGGAACGCCGUUAUUAUGAUGACGAUUAUUAUUAAGUUUGUAGGAUGUCGGGUUGCUGCUGGUUUAAACGUCAUGGCCGAGGGCCAUCUACGAGGGGUAUUCGCUGGACGCCAUAUUUGAGUGCGUCACUCACAGCGCAUGCACAGAACGAGCUCCAACGCAUAUACAAUGCUUAGAGCGCAGGCUAGCUGGCGUAUCUUGUUUUACCGUUUAAGAGCGGCCAUUUUGAUAGGCAUGUGACACGCACCUUGUGAAUGCGUUGUGGAAGCUACCGCAAGCAGUACAUAUAUUUGCGAGCGCCUUGUUCACUGCGCUUGCGCAAAACGCGCUUCCACAUAUUGUCGUCUGCUAUGUGGAAGGAUCGAUCCAAGAAGCGGUGUGGAAGGCAGUCGUCAGUUGGCGCAUAGCAACAAAGCGACUCGUCUAUGGCCACCAGCGAAUACAGUGUGUACUUUGGGGACAACCUUCUGGGAAUGCGUGGUGGAUGCGAAGAGAUAUGCGAACAUAGCAUUGAUCGGCAUCGCGGAGGUACAAGAACGUGAGCAGUUUUGAUAGGUGUACCUCCACGGUGAUGAGCACGGGCGACCAUGGCCCUGAUUGCGCCACCCGAGAACGUUGUCCCCGUGUGCUGAGGAACACUCGACUAGCUCUGUUGGCCGACAGAACCGAACAAGCUCCGCUAGUGACCUUCAGGAUCAUCUCGUCACCAACAGGUGACCAACAAACCUGUUGGUCAGAAGGCGUCACUGCUGAGUCAGAACCGGGUUGCACACAAGUUGUUUUGGACGUGUCUGUGAGCGAAGUUGGUAGAACGUUUGUAUACUUGACUCAGUCGCAUAAAAAAAAACAAAAAAACUAAAAACAAUCCGCACGUUGUCUCGGAGCUCUCGAGGAACACAGGACGUGAUGAAUUCAAAUUAAGAAGCGUACUGGCGUGCACACUUGAACAGGUGAAUUUCCUGUGCUGGGUCUGCCCACCUGACUGAUAAGCACGCAUGCGCUUAGUGGGUAAGGACGACUGGCUUCUUCGAGAUGAGUGAUUGGUUCAGCUGGGAUCUAUUUUAGACCGGCGCAUAGUAGUCAGCCAUGAACAGAAAAAAAAAUUAAUGAUUUGUCAUUCGUGUUAGCGGAAACUGUUUGUUCACCAGUGUAUACAAAACAGUGAUAGGUCACUGAUUUUUUUCUUUUGAGUUGCUUCAUGAGUAGAUGGAAAUCAACUGUGGGGCUCUAGUGGUCUACAACUAAUAAGGCACUAGCUUCGCCAGUGUCGGUCACGUGACCAGCGGGUAACCAAUCAGAUCACAGCUUCAACCGAUGAGAACGACAUUCGCGUUUUCAUUGGCUGAGGAAUCUCGAAAGUGUACAGAAUCAACCACACCCGUGUUCCUGGAGCUGUCGAUGACAGUGGGGAUAUUUUCAACAAAAUGCUGCUCGUAAAUUUAAUAUUUUUUGUGGGUUUUAUUGUAAGCGGUUAUGAUUUUAAGAUGACGGUUAUUCCCUCGCUUUCUGAAUUCACUCUACUUUGUGGCAUUGCUUGGAAAUCAAAUUGUUGGCAGUUCGUUUCGGUAAAUUUGUCGGUAACCAGAAGUAAAUAUGGAGGCCCUAAACAAACAAACUAUACUCAAGCGUUGAUCCUUUUUGUUGAACUUGGAUUGGCCGGGUGCUCAUCAGACAUUCGAAGAACAUAUUGUAUGAUUUUGCCACCGUCACAUGAGCAAUACCACACUUAGCCAAUUAUCAUAUUUAUUUUUGUAACUUGUGUUUUUUGUUUGUCUCCCGUCCUUUCGAUGAAAAAUGCUCUCGAACGACUUCAAACAACUCCGGUGAUUUGAAUCUGACACAAAACUAAAAAAAAAAAAAGACACUCCAUCGAUUUUUUUAAAGCGUAGCCAGCGAUUUCUUGAUCGCACAAAGUUUCAAAAUUGUGGAAAUUUAUGGGAUUUUUGAUCUACAAUAGAAGGAAUUCUCUCUUCUCCCUAUCCGAGCGGAGACUGCAGAAUCGUGCCCUCUUUUUUUAUUCCUUCGUUACCCUCGGAUUUUGGGAAACGAAAAAACUACGAUGACUGUCUGCCUUGCCGAAUUCCGCAUUCGUACGUUUGCCUUAAAAAAAAAGGGUCAUCGAUAAGUUAAGAGACGCAGAACGUAGCGAAUCCUGAGCUGCCAAUAUUCGCUCUGCGGCAAAUGGCAUUGCAAUGUCAGUUAAUAACGGCGCCGAAGAACGAGUCAUGAAACAAGCAGCGUAAACAUAAUCAGGCAUCACUAGAGGGUCCACGCAGUUCCGCCUAUACGGAGCGCAAGUUUGUCUGCUUCUUUUGCAGGGCUUGUAGUGACGUCAGAAGGCCGAGAGAUCUGAUUGGCUCCGAUUGGAAGGAUAGUGGUGUAGAACUCAAGGCAGUUUAUAUUAAGGCCUACCCACAAUCCUUUGAUCAGAGCCAAUCAGAGCUCGGCGUUCUGACGUCACCACCACCCCUGUAAAAGAAGCAGACGAACUUACGCUCCGUGUAGUUCGUAUUGUGCGGACUCCCUCCAACCGCGGCCUCACUGCGAGCGUUUGAGCCAUCUUGUAGUCUAACUAUAACUACGACCCGCUAGGAGCAACAGACCCAAUUCGAUAGCGGUAAAGAAGCAGAAAAUCUACCUAACGAAUUGGCGAACAUGGUUGUCUGGAAUUCGAGAAGAAAGGACUCCUGUCCUAUGCCCUUUCCAGCGUUUGUGCGUUGCGUUUGAUGCAGGCGUUUCCUCGCUUUUCUAAGCAACGCAAACAGGUGUGCUGGGUUGAGAACGAAAUGUGCGGCAGAGUAGUUAAUUUGCAACAAAAGGUAAUGAAAUGGUAUAUAGACAAGUCACAUGACAUCGGACGGCGGUGUCAUCGCUAGCGUGGUGGACGAUAUGGUUGGAAUUUGGCAUUCUGCUUUCUUAUAUUUUGUGAAGUUUGCGAAGCAUCGACAUAAUACUCGUCUGUGUAAGGCUCGAUUCAGAGUGUAACAUGACCGUCCUAAACGGACAAGAAGAUAAACGUUCUCAUCAUGUGAUACAGUACUGCAUUGGCACGGAGCACGAAAAAGUGGCCGGUUACUUUCAUAUUUUGCCAGCCCUGAUCAAAACCAAAACCAGAAUACAACGUUAUUUUUUAAUUUUUUAUUUGACUUUCUUCCCCGUUUAACAUUCUUCCUGCCAAUCCUACUCAUCUGCUCCUCUUCCACAUGCCUAGAUGAAGUUUUUUGUUUUUUUUCUAGCUUCAUCUAGUUUCUAGUUUCCGAAAUGGUCGUGCUUGCCUUGUGGCGCUGCGGGCGCGCGCGCCAAGUGUCUUAAAAGCAUAUCGAAUGGCCAAUGACAAGUGCCGCCUCCUCUAACGACCAAAUGUCGAAGUUUUCCCAACUUCAAUGUAUGAAAUCACCACGUUUGUUCAUUCACCCUUCCCCGAGCGGUGCCUGUUUUUUUUUUUUUUUUUCUGUUUUUUUCCUUCGAAGGUAUUGUGUUCCUUUUGAAGAACAUACAGCGUGGCCGCAGAAGUGAAUUUUUUUCUCUCUCUCUCUCCGUGAAUGGUGGCCUUAGUUUGUACAUGUGCGCGUGCUGCCGCAUCACAUCUUCGAACUCGUCGUGUGUGUGUGGCGCUCCCAAAGGCCGGCAUGGGUCUCCGUUCAUGGCGCAACCCUCAGCGCAUUGUGAAGGCCCCGAGGUGACCGAGGAAUGAUAACAAUAAAAAAAGCAAACAAACACUGUAUUUAUUGUUA